AUGCCGGCCCCGUACAGUACUCGUACUACCACAGACGAACUCGUGGCUGAUUACGCCCCGCUUAUUAAAGGAAAGGUCAUUCUGACCACAGGCGUUUCCUCAGGCUCGCUUGGUGGCUUCUUCGUCCAAUCCAUUGCCAAGGCCAAGCCUGAGUGGCUUAUCCUGGCCGCUCGCAAUGCCGAUAAACUGGCCCAGAUGGCAGCAGAGAUUGCUAAGGCCCAGCCUGAUGUAAAGGUCCGCACACUGAAAGUUGACUUGGGCUCCUUGGAAAGCGUGCGGGAUGCAGCUGCACACGUCAACUCCUGGGAUGAUGUCCCUGUUAUUGAUGUCCUUGUCAACAACGCGGGAAUCAUGGCAGUGGAUUACCAGCUCUCGCCUGACGGAUUCGAGUCGCAUCUGGCAACGAACCAUCUGGGCCCGUUUCUGUUCACCAAUUUGAUCAUGAAGAAGAUUGUAGCCGCAAAGGAACCCAGAAUCGUUGUUGUCAGUAGUGAUGGCCAUCGGUUGAAUCCAUUCCGGUUCGAUGACUAUAAUUUCGAUACAUACCUACGAAAGCCUGGAACACUGACAGUGACGACGCAGGAUGGGAAGACGUACAACCGGUGGUACGCCUAUGGUCAGAGCAAGACCGCUAAUAUGCUGUUUGCCAUUUCUCUGGCACAGAAACUUGGUGUCAAAUACAAUCUCCAAGCAUUUAGCCUCCACCCAGGAAUCAUCUGGACCAAUCUGGGCAAUCAUUUGGACUGGAACAUUGAGUUUGGCGAACUACGCAACGCGGACAAAUCUCUGGGUAAUCGGGAAGGAUGGAAGGAUUUUGAUGCAAAACCACUGGAGAGAGGUGCCGCCACCCAUAUCUACGCAGCAUUUGAUCCAAGUCUCAAAGCGAACAACGGGGCCUACCUGCUCGACUGCCAUGUGGCUGAUCCUGUGGUUGACACGGUCAAAUCAUGGGCCACCAGCAGUUUCGAGGCUGAAAGACUGUGGAGACUUAGUGAGAAGCUGGUCGAGCAGGAGUUUCCCUACUAG